AUUGCCGCCUGUUGCCCAAGGCCCCUGCCCAGUGGUAGGUUUCCGCCUGUUGCUCGAGACCCCUGCCCAGGGGUAGAUUGCCGCCUGUUGCCCAAGGUCCCUGCCCAGUGCUCGGCUGAGGCCCCAAGCCUAGGGGGGAGAUUGCCUGCCUGUUGCCCGAGACCCCUGCUCAGGGGUAGGUUG